GCGCGCUCGUCUACCAAACCACGUGGUGAACUGUUGUCUGGAAUAUUUAACAGCUUUGUAUUAAUGAUGGAGGAAGAACUUUUAUAGUUUCUGUUUAUCUGGGAAGUUGACGUAAAAAGUCAGUGCUCAGACACCAGGUUAAUAGUACGUUGUAGUACAGGUGUAUAGAUAGCUAGAUCAAGCUAAGUUGGAGUGCCUUUAAAACAAUAGCAUAGGCUAACCUGUGCACCUCUGGAUAUAUGUCAAAUCCGACCCAAAGUUCUGAACCGAAACUAUUCCGUGAAAAAGAGAUAAAAUCAGGCAGUGUCCGUUAACAGAUACACAGCAGAAGAACGUCAGAAAAGAUCCUCCUCCCUCUUCCCCCACAUCCCUUGGCGCAGACGGUGGCGCAGACGGAGAUUCUAUUGCGUAUUGCGCCCACCCACACACUCCCAAGUCCUCGGCCGACCCGCCCAGGAUGGUCUAGCCGCUUAUCGCACCUUCCUCCAUCCUUUAUCCACAAGGCACUCCUCAGACAGUGAAUCCUCACCUCCCGGCCCUCUCUCUUCCAGCUCCCUCUGUUCAAGACAUCCUCCUCAGGAUUUCCUGUGGGAAACGCGGACCCCACACGCGACGCAUCCAGGCCCGCAAUCUUCGUGAACCCUGAGAACCCUGAGCUGACAGAACUCGGAGCUCUGAACCCUCCGCCUAGAGCGUGUGAGGUCCAAGCGGAGGCACCGGAGGAGUCUUUUGUGUUGGCAACAAGUCUUCAAGAAAGAACCAGGGAUCCGAGAGGAGCUAUGAAGGGUAUCCUGGUAUGCCAGUGUAUCCUUGUGGCACUCACUCUGGUCGCCACCGUGACACAAGGUCGAGCGCAUCCGUGGAGGAAGCCUGUGCAAGACAUUCGUUAUCAGAACCGUUAUGAGACGCUGAUGGAGCUGCUGGAGGACGCAGCGGAGAGGCGCCUCCCCCCCCGCCUCGAGACGAACGAGCUGGAAGACAUUGGAAUUGACGCUGAACAAGCAGCUCUAUACAGCGCUCGACACGCUGAUAUGGAAGAUAGGCCCCGCGAACACAACAGGCAAAGGCAUCCGUCAACUAGCUACCAGAUUCACCAUGAGGAAGUCUGUAAAACCGUUAAGACCUGGAAACUCAUCAACGAAACGGUGGAUGUUGAUGGAAACAAGGUGGUUAUAGUGAAUCCCAUAGAACCCAAACAAUACGUGUACAGCUACGAGUGCGUCUCACCGUGCACAGCCUGUAAAGGUGUCAUGGGGCAGUCCAUGUGCAAGAUGCGCUACAGUUACGUAAAGAUGUAUCACCGAAAAUGUUCGAACAACUCGAUGAGAGACGACGGCGCCGAGUGGGGCUUCGUGCAGGUCCCCUCCCACUGCGCCUGCGAACUGAUCCCCGACAACACCAACGACAACGAGUGUUUGAACUAAGAUUGGCUGUGUCAGCAUCCUGCUUCCUUCGUGAACCAGCAGGACCGCAUGCUGCCUCCUUCAUCCCUACAUGGCCUAGCGAGAAGGCUAGGCUGCCUUACAUAGUCCUACAGGAUCUCGGGGCAUCCCACUCUUGCCCUACACAUCCCUGCAGGAGCCCCCAGGUCACCCUGUACAGCCCUACACGACCUUCAAGUUGACCGAGGGCAGCCUCCUGGUGGCCCGCGUCCCUUGUGCGUCGACACCCGAGGGGACGUCGCAUCAAAGUCCUUAUUCAUUAAAACAUUAGCAACACGCUGGUGACCUAUUAGUUCAUCCUAAAUGUUUAAAAUAAGUACCUGAUUCACAUGCGUUUGGGAGGCAAUGUGUCAACUAAGUUUUUAUUAUUCUGAUUUAGCCUAAGAUUUGAAAUUAAUUCCAUUAUAUUUUACUUUAAAUAAAUAAGUCAUCUCAAAA